UCUAUUUUCCAUUCUUAUUUCUUGUCACUCUUUCUCAACUCAACCAUUUAUCUAUCUCAUCCAUCUUUGUGGCCUGAUAUAUAAACUUCAAGAAGAAGUUUAGAUUAUAAUCGGAUCAUAUAAAAUAUAUAAGCAAUGAAUCCUAAGGUUGGUAACGGUUACCCUUCAAAUGGAGAAGCCUCAAACAAUCCAAGACAAGCAAAGGGAAAAGAAGUAGAUGAUGAAGAAAAAGAGUUAACUAUUGAGGAUCUUGAGACAAGGAUAUGGAGAGAUAAAAUGCUACUAAGGAAGAUGAAGGAAGAGAGAAGACAAGGUGACAAAUGCAAAUCAUAUGAACAAUUGAAAAGAAAGACAAUGACGCGUGCGCAAGAUGGUAUCUUAAGACACAUGUUAAAGAUGAUGGAAGCUUGUGAUGUUCGUGGCUUCAUCUAUGGGAUAGUACCUGAGAAUGGAAAACCAAUGAGUGGUUCUUCGGACAAUCUCCGAGGUUGGUGGAAAGAAAGAGUGAAAUUCGACAGAAACGGUCCGGCUGCAAUUGCGAAGUAUGAAGAAGAAAUUGGAAUAUCAAGAAUGAAGGAAGUGUUGAAUGGUGAUUCAGCAAUACCUUACUCGUUGCAGGAACUACCUGACACAACGUUAGGUUCGCUUUUAUCAUCGUUAAUGCAACACUGCGAGCCACCGCAGAGACGAUUUCCGUUGGACAGAGGAAUUUAUCCGCCAUGGUGGCCAACCGGGAAGGAAUCAUGGUGGAACGAAAUGGGAUUUAGCGAAGAUCCCGGUCCACCACCGUAUAGAAAGCCGCAUGAUUUGAAGAAAGCUUGGAAGAUUUGUGUUCUGCACGCUGUCAUCAAACAUAUAUCUCCGAAUAUUCAGAAGAUUAAGAAUGUUGUUCGGCAUUCGAGGAGUUUGCAAGAUAAACUCACUGCUAAGGAAACCGCUAUUUGGGUUGCUGUUAUUAAUUAUGAGGAAAGAAUGGCUAGAAAUAAGUAUCCUGAGUUGUUCGCAAGUCUUAACUCUUGUGGCACCGGAAGUAAUUGUCUUCUCGUUGAGACGAACGAUUAUGACGUGGAUAUUGUAGAGCGUAGACGAGCAAAACUAUUAUCUUUUCCGAAACCUCCAUCGUCAAGCGAUGGUGCUAAUAGUCUUCGGGUUGAUGGAAGUGCUUUUGUUGGAAAUGGUGGAGAACUGAACCAAGUUCAAACACAUUUGAACAAUGUGAAUGUGUCUCCAAUGAAUAAUCUUGAUGAAAAUGGUGCUAAUAAGAGAAAAGCUAAAGAGCUUGAUGAAAAUCAUGAGGGUUAUAGUUCUAUUAAUCCUCAAUUCCAAUACCGGAAUCAUGGAGGUUCUGCUGUUAACAAUUCACCACCCUCCUCCAAUGUUUCUGUUAUGCUACCUUUUGAGGUUUCUCACAAGAGAAAAUGUGAUCUUGGUAAGAGAAGUGCUUCUACUAGCACUACUCAUAAUUAUGAGAUUUUCUCUUUGCAAGAAGAUAAGAAUGCAAGCAACAAUCACCAUUUUGCAAGCAACAACAACAAUCGCUUCCAAAUGUUUGGAGUUGGAUGCUCGAAAAAUCGUCAGAUUGUCAAAAAUGACAAACCUGCUGCUGCAGCACCUCUUGAUCAAAAUGUGAAACCUGCUGUUGCAAAUCAGAUCAACCAUCAUAGAGGUAAUAAUUACUCAGAAGGAGAAGAUGUUUCUGAUUUGAUGGACAUCAUUAACUCAGGUCUUGAGAUGAAGAACACCACCAUGAAUGUUAUGUCAGCUGUCAACAUGAAUCCUCCUACACAUGCUGUCAACCAAAGCUUUGAGCCUCAAAUGUACCCUGCAAGUGUUGAGCAGAAGAGAAACAACAAGAGGAAUAACAGUUCAAUGCCUGUUAUGAACAUGAUUCCAACUCCUGGAUUUAACCAAACCAUGCAGUCUCAAAUGGACAACAAUUUCUAUGGUCAGCAAGGGGGUGCAAAUAGCAACUUUAACUACAAAGUUCCUAUGAAUGAUGAAGUAGCCAAUGUUCCAAUGCAUGCAAAUGUCUCCACAACAACAGCAACAACAGCCUUUGAUUCUCAAUCGGAUGAUGAUGCUUAUGACAGCUAUGACUUCAUUGAUUCUCCUAUUGUAGGAACACCAAAUUAUGAUUUAUCUAUGCUCUUUCAUAAGUGACUUAAUUAAAGGUAAAAUCAUAAAUUGCUCUUUUUAAAACUUUUCACCACUCUUUCACAAAUACUCCUUUUCUGGUUUUGGUUUUGGACUAUUUGUUAAAGAGAGUGAAACUUAAAAUUGGUAAUUUAUGAUUUUAUUGGAGAAGGAAACUUUGUGUUAUGUGUUGUUUUUGUUAGUUUUGUAUUGUGCUGUGUUCUUUAGUCUUGAGAAAUUGUCUCUCUAGUAUGCUACAUAGUACUAUUAAACAUAUAUAUGUAAAGUUAAUAAGAGUGUCUCACUAAAUAGUACUAAAUUAAUAAAGGUAUACUUUUUUUUC